AAGAUCCUUGAAAAGUCAUACUAAAUUGGAAUUCUUCAGUGUUUCCAUUUCCCCCGGGGACUGUUUCCAAUUACCCCAUACAGUUUCGGGUAAAAGAUACGGCAAGGCUUUUGUUUUCGCCCAAGUUUAGUAGGAUAACAUUAACUUAAAAUUAUUAUUUUGUUAAAAUUAGAUAGACAGAUAACCAAACUAACGGUUAGCAUAAAAACUAAUUCGGCUUACGAUAUUUUUAUAUCUGCUUAUAGCGUUUGAAAUUAAGUGUUCCCAACUCCCCCACUCUCCCCUACAUGUACGAUGCAUCCUCAUCGCGCCUCAUGUUCUGCCGCCAGAGUGCAGCACUAGCACAUAUUGACCAUAUUGUAAGCCAUAGGGUACCUAACUUAUGCAUACUAUGACUUAAACAGUUUUUUGAAAAGUUUUCACUAUGUCAUUGAUGCAUCGAAGCAGUUUUUUUGCAGAAAGCCUAUCGCGAAACGCAAAAAUCGAAAUUUCGUUAUCUAUCUGCUUCUCUAUCGCCGAAUAUGUAAGAGUGAUAGAGAGGCAGAUAACGAAAUUUUGAUUUUAUGUGUUUUGCAGUAGGCACUUGGUAGGCACUCCUAAUAUUCCCUACGAGUAUUUGUACCGGUUACAUGCACCAUGUGCAAGUAACAACAAGAUAGUAUUCCACAGAAAGCCUGGGGUUCCAUAGCCAAAAAGUACUUUCCUAAAAUUGACGAUUUUUAAAGAAGAAAAAUCGCCGUCAAGCAUAUGUAUAAGUGACAUUGUACUUCUGUCAGUUAUGUUAUCAAAAUGUAGUCUAAAUUUUUAAAUCUAAAUAACAAAAUAAAAUAUAACAAAAUGCCUACUUUUCCUCUGGCUAUGAAGAGACGUCGACUGAAUGCUGAUGUUGGCUGCUCCGUGUUUAACGGCAUGGUAAUGGUAUCAUGACCGAAUUGAAAACAACACCAUCAGAGGAAAAUACUUUGUCGUCUAAAGGAUACAAAUUGACUAAAUUUAUAGGUGAAGGUGCUUACGCUAAGGUGUUUUUAACAGAAUACUCAUCAAAAGAUAGUGAUGCCAAAAGUACACUCGCUUGCAAAAUAAUCGAGACCUCCAAAGCUCCCAAGGAAUUCGUCGUGAAGUUUCUACCCCGCGAAAUUGACGUAUUGAUACGUUUAAAUCACCCUCAUCUGAUACAUAUUCAUAGUAUAUUUCAGAGGAAGACCAAAUAUUACAUUUUCAUGCGAUUCAGUGAAAAUGGUGAUCUUUUAGGGCAUAUCUUAAAAAACGGAUGUAUGUCGGAAAAUCAAUCUCGAGUGUGGAUGCGACAGUUGGCACUCGGGCUACAGUAUUUGCACGAACUGGAGAUCGCGCAUAGAGAUAUCAAAUGUGAAAAUAUCCUAUUGACGGCGAAUUUUAACGUGAAGCUUUCCGAUUUUGGGUUUUCGAGGUUUUGUGUGGACUUAGAUAAUCAGCCAAUUUUGAGUGAAACUUACUGUGGGUCCAUGUCGUACGCGGCUCCGGAGAUUCUGCGCGGGAAGCCAUACGCGCCGAAACAAACGGAUUUGUGGUCGCUGGGUGUGGUGAUGUUCGUGAUGCUCAACAAAGCCAUGCCGUUCGACGACACGCGAAUGCGGAAGCUUUACGAGCAGCAAAUGAGCAAGAAGUACCGAUUUAGGUCGCGUGUGGCGCCCACGCUCUCUGUCGAGUGCAAGACUGUAGUGAAAUAUCUCUUGGAGCCGGAUCCGGGCCUGCGGUAUACGGCCGUGCAAGUGUUGAACUCCGAAUGGAUCGCUAUGGAUAGCAGGCUUACUACUAUGAAUGCAGUAGAGACGGCAGCUCUAAAGCGAGCUAAGGAGCAACACAGAAGAAUGUCAGACCCGCGCAAAACUGUUAACAAAAAGCACGGUGACAUAUUAAACAAUCCAAUUAGAGACUCUCAACAUAGAGUGAGUGCUUGUUUUUUGACCUGUCUAUAG